UCCGCCACAACUGCUGAAGCUGUUGUGUUGAAGAAGACCGAAACGUCGGCUGCAUUUUCCUCUCCGAUAUAAAACUAACACGGAAACAAUCGGUUCACACGAAGCCAGUGAGGUUAGAGGGGGAACGACAAGCGCUAAAGGAUUUUGUGUUCUUCCAAAAUGCCAUCCCGGUUGGUCAGAGACAAAUGAUCGGGUUUUAUGGCACCAUCCCUAAUCCCCCUCCCCUGUAACCUGAAACGUCUGGCAAGUUUUUACGGAAUAUGGUAGAAAGCGUCGUUUGAGCGGGAAUGGGCCAAAUCUCGUUUUGGCUGGCAUACCGCAGACAGAAGAAGGCCAACAUCGUCCAACUAUAAAGGACAAUUUAAAUUAGACUAACAUCCGUCCUAAAUGCGACGGGAAGUUGGUCGAAAAGAGCGGAAACGUGUUUGAGCCUCAUAGCGGCACUGCGCAUCACCGUCAGGGGGCUUUCGCAGCGUUUCGCCUGGAAACUGUCCACGUUUACACGUAACGCUGCAGACAGCGAUGCAAAUCUGUCGCUCCGGGUUUUUUGCUUCCCGAGUGCGCGUCAUCAGUCGUCCCAUUCGGACAUAGCCCUUAAUGCUCCGUUUUGAAUUCACCUUUCGGUAAGAUUUGCACUCGGUCAAAAUGUUUGCGAGCCGUAUUUUCUUAACAUUCUUUCUCUGUGCGUGGUCUUCAUUUGACUGCAACCCAAACCCCCUGGGAGAUGUAGUCGUGGACAGAUACGAUGUGCCCAAAGUCUGUUUGAGAGAAGCGAAAAAUGGAGAUUAUGUACGCUAUCACUAUAAUGCCACAUUUCUCGAUGGGAAAAUAUUCGAUUCGAGUCAUCAAAAAGGAGCUACUAAAGUGGGCCUGAUGGGCGAAGGCCGGCUCAUCGCUGGGAUUGAGAAGGGGAUCCGGGGCAUGUGUGUCAAUGAGCGCCGGAAGAUCACCGUGCCCCCCCACCUGGCCUACGGCAGCACGGGUGCAGGCGAUGUCAUUCCCCCAGACACAACCUUGGUGUUUGACCUGCAUCUGGUGGACCUGUGGAACAAGGCCGACCUGGUCGUCACCAAAUCCAUCAGUACUCCCAAGGACUGCAGACGAUCUGUGAUGCGCACCGACUUUGUGCGCUACCAUUACAACGGCACUCUCCUUGAUGGCUCGGUCUUCGACUCAAGCUACGUCAGGGAGCAGACCACUGACUCUUUAGUGGGUGAAGGAUGGCUGAUCAAGGGCAUGGAUGAGGGUCUCCUGGGCAUGUGCGUGGGAGAGAUCCGAAAUAUUGUCAUCCCGCCCUUUAAAGCUUACGGUGAAAAGGGAUUGGGCACAGAGAUUCCAUCACAGGCCACCCUGGUGUUUGAUGUCCUAUUGGUGGACAUCCACAAUCCAAAAGAUAAUAUCACAGUUGAGGACCAAAUUGUUUCUGAGUCAUGCAAACGCAGGUCUGUGGUUGGGGACUACGUCCGGUACCACUACAAUGGUACCUUCCUGAACGGAGUCACCUUUGACACCAGCUACCAGAGAAACAGCACAUAUAACACCUACAUCGGGAUGGGUUACGUCAUCGCCGGGAUGGACCAGGCUCUGCUGGGGGUCUGUGUUGGGGAGAGGAGGAGGGUCAUUAUCCCACCACACCUGGCCUACGGAGAGCAAGGAGCAGGCAAGGACAUCCCUGCUUCAGCUGUGCUGGUGUUUGACAUGCACAUCAUCGACUUCCACAACCCCAAGGACCCAGUGGAGAUCCAGGUCACCUUCAGACCUGAGGUCUGCAACGAGACCAGUGACGUAAACGACCUGAUCGAAUAUCACUACAAUUGUUCUCUUAUGGACGGCACCUUGCUCUUCUCCUCGGGGCACUAUGAUAAUAUGCAGGAAGCAGUGCUGGGCGCCGACAAAGUGAUUGAUGGGCUGGACGAAGGCUUGAGGGGCAUGUGUGUGGGAGAGAAGAGGGUGAUCACUGUGCCACCUCACCUGGGUCACGGAGAGAGAGGAGCUCCUGGUGUGCCAGGCAGUGCUGUGUUGGUGUUCGAGUUGGAGCUGGUAAGUUUUCAGAGGGGCGUUCCACCUGGCUACCUGUUUGUAUGGCUGGAUGAUGUCCCCGCUGACUUAUUUGAGGCCCUAGAUGUGGACAAGAACCAACAAGUCCCACUGGAGGAGUUUGGAGAGUUCAUCAAGAGGCAGCUGGCAGAGGGCAAGGGUCGCAUGAAGCCUGGAAUGGCCCCUGAGGCGGUUAUCGCCGACAUGUUCAAUAACCAGGACCGAAACAAAGACGGCAUCAUCACGCCUGACGAACUUAAAUUGAAGGUGGAAGAGGACAAGGAAAGAGAACAGGCGAGACAUGAGGAAUUGUGAUGAGAAGCACACACACACACACACACACACUAGGGGUGCAACGGAUCACAAAACCCACGGUUCGGGUCGUGAUUUUGAGUCACGGAUCAGCAACAAACAAAAAAAAAGAAAAGAAAAAAAGAAAAAGCAAGGAACUUUUGCCCAUGGUCUUAAAUGAAAACAACAUUCAGGGUGAUGUCGUGUCAAAUGGGUGGCCAUGCUUGAUGUAGUUCCAUUCUCAUAUGGCUUUUUCAUGGCACAAUGCCUACACACAUCGCAACGGUUUUGUCCACCACCCUUCUUCCAUCAAUAUAUUUUACAGGGAAGCCAAAGUGCUCCCAUUUAAAUGAUGCAGGAGGCUUUUCAAGUUCUUCCGCUAGCCAUGACUGUUACUGCACUUUUUGCAACGUGAUUCGUUGGGAUUCAACAUGCCCUCUCUUCACGUGAACACACAAUGGCUGUUUUUUGUUUUAUCAACCAAUCAUUCUACUUCAGAGUAAAAUACAGUACGCAUCGGUCUUGUCUAUCUUUUCACUUCAACUCUGCAUUGAGAUUUAAGUAAUUAUUGCUUUAAAAAGUAAGUGCCAGUAAAACUGUAUUUUACUAUGAUGGUUAAAUUUUGCAAUUAAUCUGCAGUUCACAUGCGUGCCGAACCGUGAAGGGCGAUCCAUACAGAUCGACUACGUUCCGUUACACCAAUAACACACUCUCAGGGACAGACCCAAACGUCUUAAAAACGUUUCACGAGAGACUUUUUCCAAACGUUAUGUUUUAAUAUUUUGAAUACAUAUUUCCAAUAUUUUGAUACCAUUUUUAAAAUGGCCAGAAAAUAGUGCAAAGGAAACGGAAACUUUGAAAUCAUCCCAUUGUGUGCCUGAAAUGCGACUUUAUCAGAUGAAACCAAAGCAACUGCCAUUGACUUGGAACUAAUCUUCCAAGUAUAUGCACCUUUAUUUUUGCCCUGAUGUUUGCACGGAACAAAACGUUUGAAAGAAAACUUUUUUUUGCUGUUGUCCAAGUCUUUCACAGUAUUUGUCAUUUCAAUUAAUCUGUUUGACAGUUGAAAAAACAUUUGUGACCAGUAGCUUUUGUAUGAAUCCUGUGCUGAAAUUAAUUAAAAAGCUAUAUGGAGUUGCUCUCCAGUUCCAUCUCUUCAUUAAUAAACAAUUUCUUGUGUAAGUUGGCAUACAGGGGUAACUUGCAGUUAAAGGGAUGGUUUAGAUUUUUAAAUACCCAGUACAACUUUGAAAUAAACUGGUCAAAGUGGUUUGCAUAUGUCAAAAAUGCUAGUUCAACUCUGCAGGGUUCAAAAUCCAUCCAUCCAUUAUCCAACCCGCUUAUCCUGCUCUCAGGGUCGUGGGGAUGCUGGAGCCUAUCCCAGCAGUCAUAGGGCGGCAGGCGGAUGUCUCCUCUCAAAACAAUAUUGAAGUCCCUUUGCAAGGUUAACUGCCGUCAAAGAGCCAUUUGAAUUUUGUUUGGACCUAAAUGACUCUCAGGCAAAGUGUGGAAUCAGACAGGAUACUUAAAACGUGAACCAUCCCUUUCAACGUAACAGCAUAAAAGCAAGCAAUUAGUGAAUACGUCUUUUCCUUAAGUAUCACAGCAAUAACUCUGCUUAUAUUCAUUCAUAUCCUUGUUAUAUUUUGUUAAUAGCAGCAGCUGUGUCAGAGUCAUUCUGAAAGUGGUGUGGGGGGAAAAAGGUCACCUAAUCAUAAUUAUCUUAUGUUAAGUUGCACGCUUUCGCCCUGCCCUAUUGCCAAUUGGAUAAAAUAAGCUGUUAACAAAUUCUAAUAAAGAGCCACAGAAAGGAAGGAAAAAAAAACAAAACCCCAGAAGCACCACUGGCUACUGCACAAGUAAAUGGUACAGUACUUAUGAAAUCAAAUAGUUAAAAAUGUGAGUG